AUGUCCUCCCUAUAUCAUUACUCUUUCUCUCGCGUCUCCAAGAUGGAUUCAGUUCAGGAGUCUGCAAUUCAAUACCGCGAGCUACGUCUCAAAGCACUCAAGGCAUCUCCAGAGUCCUUCUCUUCCACCUACGAAAUCGAAUCUCAAUUCACAGAGACACAGUGGAUGGGUCGCCUCCUCCAAGAUGAUAGAGAGAACUUCGUCUGCGUCGCAACCCCAGUCAACCCUGACGCUUCUUCGAUGGCACAAUGGGUAGGACAGGUGACCUUGAGAGGUCCAGUCGGCAGAGAAGCCUUCACGCUUCCCGAAGUUUCUGGGCAGCCACUGCCAGGCGGGGAUGAUGAAGAUCGUUGGCAGAUGCUCAGCUUGUUCAUUCUACCGGACCACCAAGGACGAAAAUUGGGGCAAGGUCUGUGUCGGGAUGUUAUUAAACAUCUUCAAGAAACUCAACGAAAGGCUAGAACCGUCGUGAGGUUGAUGGUCAAGCCCCAAAACACCACUACAGUGCACUUAUACGAAAAGCUUGGUUUUGAAACUGUCGGAAAAUGCACAUUGGCUGAGGCUCUUGUAGCAAACGGAGAUGGCCAUCUGCUCCCUGAAGAUAUCACAGACGCCAGGUACUCUACUCGAUCAGGCUUGAUUAUGAUCUACACUAUCUCAAAGACUGCGUAG